AUGCAGGCCCUUCCGCCAUUCAAGCCCGCCGCCACAGAGGCACAGGUCAAAGCCGCCACUGAAUCCCACGACCCGGAGCAAGUUAUCCGCAACCUCGUGGAUCUCAGCAGUUACCUGAUCAGCAUCGACGAGCACACCAAAACUGUUCGGGGCCGCCGGGAAAGCACGACCCAUACACUCCCUCCCCUCAAAACUCUCCUCAACCGCCUCUACGCUGGCGUCAGGACCCUCAGCCCACUAUCCAGCCUGACCAAAGACGGCGCGCGCCUGCGUCAAGAUGUCAGUGAACGUCUCAACAAGCCAGUCAUCGAGCGUCCUCUCGAGGACUUUGAAGACUUGUACUAUGCGCUCCUCGCGCGCCUCCAGGACAUGGCUCAAAUGCUCACUCUCCGCGUGACCAACGGCUUCAACGCGCCCUCAGAGCCGGUCUUCGAGAAUGGCCCCUCCAUUGCCGACCUCUACGACAGCCUCAUGUCGUACUGGGACAUGCUCAACGACCCAGCCUGCGCGCGCGCCCUCGACGACGCAAUGCGCCAGUUCCGCGUCGGCGUGCUUUACCGCGAGAUCAAUGCCGAGCUGGAGGCGCAUGUGAUUUCCUUCGCCAACGCGGAAGAACUGCUCGCGGAACUUUUCGAGAGUAAGGAGUUCACCGAGGGCAUUGCAUGGAUCGCAUCCUGGAGUCCCGCGAUGAUUGGCGCGUAUCUGAGCGAGAAGUACCACGUCGCACUGCGCGUCCAGAGGGAAGAAGACGAGCGCGUGGAGCGCGAGAAGCGCAAGCGCAUGAGUUUCAAAAAGCCUUUGGGUAGCAUGAUCAAGCAGCGCAGCUCGGAGAGGAUGCGUCGAGGGUCGGCGAAGCAGGCGCACUUUGUUCACCAGCGUGGUGCAGUGGGUUACCCGACACACCAGCAUGUGGUUAACGAUCACGAGCGCAUUCGUCAGGAACAGCAUCCAUCGCGAUCGGGAGUGGCAACUCAAGUCUCAGCGCGUGUCGGAUUACUCCAACUACCUUCGCGGGACGGCUAG